GUCCAACGAUACCGUAAUCGUGCCUACACUAUUUAGUUCCGUGUUAUCUCUCGUAUCGGCACCUGUACUUUGUCCCAUUCCAUAACUUGCUCGUCCAAAAUCCAGAGAGGUUCGUGCACGCAUAUUUCCUCCAGCUCAUGAUCGUAGUGGUCAGAAAGUAUGGCAAAGGAGCAUCAGCCUGCGAUGCAGGGCAGGCCUGGAAAGGACUCAAAACAGUACACUAAUCACCCCGUACCUCCGAAUCGCGGCGUCGACAGGGGUCCUACCGGAUCUACUAUGGGAGUAGGGUCAACGUCAAAUCCAAAUUUUGAGCGCCCAAAACCUGUACUCACCGUCGCUGAACGAGAGCGCAUGGCUAGACAGCAAUUCGCUAUGAAUGGCCUCAGGCAAGAAAGGCAGCACACUCAAAUUGAGGGCAUUUUCAUACCUAAAGAGGAUGGCCAGGCGUCUCAUUACUUCAACGCUACCCAUCAUGGGGGCACAGCGGGUGCUGAUCCUUCAUAUCACGUACCACAGCCCAUCGCUUCCAGCAGGGACCGCGAUCGUAUUCCGGCUUUAGAUCAGGAGCGAGACAGACACAGGUUACAUGCCAACAUUGAUCCUCCAUCCUAUAACCCAGCCUUAUCUUCAUCAACGACAUAUGGCCCAGGUUAUGCAGCCCCCGCCAAUAUGCACCCAGUCUCUGCUAUUACCGCUGCCAUGAAAUCAUUUUCGUUUGACGAUAGCGGUGAGCAGUCCAGCUCGAAUCCCAAAGGCCGGAAUGGUCCAUCACGUCCGCAAGAUCCGUACACACACCCCGGUGUGCCACCACCUAUUAUUAGACCUGCCAUCACUAAGAAAUCGGUCUCGUUAGACAGCGGCGUUCAAUCUAGCAUGAGUCUUAAUCGUCCGUCUCACAUCCAGGAUUCACAUGCACGCUACGGCGGACCCCCACCGUCCAGCAGUAGACCUAUCAUUGCCCAGAAGUCGGCCUCAUUCGAUAGUAGCGGCUUUCGGCCCAGCUCUAGUCGCGAAGACUGGACUGGUCCGCCGCGCUUGCCGUACGAAACCCGCCAUGAGUCCCCAUACUACCAAGAGACACCAAAGGAGGUCUCGCAGAAUCGGCAGUCGUCUAACAGGCUCGAUUCUCAACACCCCUUGCUAAACACUACGAGCGGGAACCAUUACUAUCCCGUUCGGCCUACCAAUACACAUAAUGAGGUAUCUGAGGGCGAGUAUCAUCAAACACUCAACCGAUCAUGGAAUGAAAUACAGCGCAACGAACUCGAGAUGAGAAGAAUGCAAGAUGAGGAAACCAAACGCAAAGAAGACGAAAUCAAGCGGAAGGCUAUGCUUGCGAAGAAGAAGGAAGACGAAGUCAAGAUGGGGGAAGGGCAGGCCCAGAGAAGGGAAGGGCCCACAAGGCAUGCGGAGAACUCAACAAGGGGGUAUGGUGUGGAAGAAAGACGUCCAGCACAAGAUCCCGCGUUGUACCGGGAGGCGACGACACAAAGGGAAGGUAACUUGAGACGCAUGGAGGAAGGUAGGUUCAAAGGAGAGAUGGCGCGCGCUACAGAGGAAGAGAACCAGAGGAAGGAGGAAGAACGCGUACCAUGGAAAGAGGAAGUUCAUUUACUGGAGGAUCUUACCAAACAAGUCCAGGGGAGACCGCCCUACCCCACUGCUUUCGGAGGUUUUGGAGACAUCUGGAGAUGUUUUUUGGUCAAGCCCAGCAGGCCCAGUGAGGUGGUGGCAGUGAAGACCAUUCGCGCGUUCCAGGCGGACAACGAGGAAGAGAAGCGAAAGAAGGCGAAUGUAAUGUUUCUAUUCCAUCCAUGUCAAUCUUUCGGAUGAUAACUCGGCUUAGAGACUACGUCGUGAACUGAAAGUUUGGGGGCGUCUCAAACAUGGCAACAUUCUUCCACUCUGGGGGGUAGUAAAUGACUUUGGGCCCUACUACCCUGCAAUGGUUUGCCCGUGGGCUGAUCAUGGAGCUCU